UUUUGCAGGCAACUCUGGCACUCUGGAUGAUUCUCCAAGAGCUCCAGUGCCCAGGGCCGUUGAUGGACUAUUCCCCUCAUCUCCUUGUGGCUCUGCUCUUCCAAAUCUUCGUCAGCACAGAGCAGAUGUCAGAAGAGAUCGACACCUUCUGGAGGGGAUGCCAGGAGCAACAUGACCUUCCCACCAACCCCAACAGGUUUGCAGUGCUGACCAUGAAGACUCUGCUCUGCUGUCUGCACUGUGAGGAUGUGGUAAAAUCGGUGGAAAAAAAUCGUGGCUGGGCGAGGCUCCUCAAUGCUCGCAGCCGCCGCUACGCAGCGGCUCUGCUGGCCAGGGAGAUGCGCCGUGUCUGCAGCCCCUUGUGUUCCCGCAUCACACUCCACCUGCUGGAGCUGCUGCGCAGGGAGGAGCCGUGCUGGGACCUCCCUGCCAUGGCAUUCCUUGUGGAGGUCCUGGACUGCCUGGACACAAGAAAAUGUGGUGACAGGAUGCUGGAGAUCCUUGCAAGGAACUUGGGGAGCACAAACAAAAAGUGGCGUCAACUGGCGCUCAGAGUCCUCAUGGCGCUCAGCCAGGAUCCCACGAUGGCCAAGAACAUCUGGAGCCUGAAUGAAAGGCUCGUGCAGCUCCUGGGGGAUGCAGACAGAGAUGUGGUUUGGAUGACCCUCUCUGUGCUUGACAAUGUGCUCUGGAGCAGUGUCUGGAAACAGCUGCAGAAGAGAGUCCACAGCGAAGACCCCCUGAUAUCCACCCGCAUCGGCCUGCAGUUGGCUGAGGCGCUCCGGCCACUGUUUGACCACGACGACCGCAGUGUGCGGGAGGGCUCCAUGGUCAUCUUCACUCAUGUGAUGCAACUGAUAGAGAGAGCGGGAAAGAGGCGCCUGAACCCUCACGUGUGCCUGAGCCUGCUCCCGCUCUACCUCCACCGGUAUGAUGAGAACCUGGUCGUGAAAAAGGCCUCUCAGAAAGCACUGCUGGCUGUGACCAGGUUCCUGAAGAGGAGGGAUCUUGAGCGCCUGGUCAACACAGAGGAGCCAUGGAGGUUUGCGGAGUGCCUGCUGAAAGGGGACCGGAGCCAAGUGACCAAGUACGUGCGCCAGGCCCUUCCAUACCUGCGGAGCCCACAGCAGCCCCUGCGAGAGGCAGCCAUCAAGUUCAUGGGGAUCGCCGGGGGGUACCUGAGGGGACAGUACAGAGAGCUGCAGUUCAUCAUUGACGCCCUUCAAGCCAUGAGAGAUGACAGGAGCCCCGCUGUCGCAAACCUGGCACUUGAAAACAUCAACUUUGUAACAGCUGUACAGAGAGCUCCAGCUCCCCGCUCCAGGUUCCAGCAGCUCCAAGACCAGCUCCGCAGGGCAUGGAAUAGCCGGCCUUCUCUGUGGGGCUGUGUCUGCCUGUGCUGCUGUAGCUGAUCCAGGCAGCUCUGUCUCUUGGAGCCACCUGAG